CGAGCGAGGCUGAGGCCGCACUGGAGAAAAAUCUCCCCCCGACCCACUUUCCUCGAACAACCAACCCGGCCCUGCCCUCGCGCGACCCCCCACCCCCCUCCCCUCGCGACCCCAUCCAAACCUAGCCGCCAGCGCCCGUCCGCCGCUGGUCCCCUCGCGCUACCCCGCCGCCAGUCCCAUCUCCCGCCCGCCGCCGGUCCUCUCGCGCUACCUCGCCGACGCCUCGCCCCUGUGCCUGGCCGUUCCGCCACUCGUCGCCGGCCUGCCCCUGCUCCCGGCCGGCCUCAACUCACCGCCGCCGCCGGAGUACAUCCUGACACGGGAGAGAUGGAUGAUGAGGUGCUGGAGGUUCCAACUGUUGGUGCUCUGCCCAAGAAGGCCCCCAAGGUCAUGAAUUGGACUCCGCCUAUGUCGGCAAUGAUGUUGAAAGGUCUUUCAAAGGUGGCGGAAAGAGGUGCCAAGACUGACAAAGGAUUCAAAGAGGCAGCAAAACUGAAAGUUGCAAAGUCUAUAUCUGCUUUCGUUGGUUAUGAUGUGUCUAUUACUCAAGUGCACAAUCAUAUUCGCAUGUGGCGGAAUAGGUGGACAAGAAUUGUUUAUUUGAAGAGUUUAAGUGGGGCACUUUGGGAUGAUGACAAGAAGAUGGUACUUCUAGAAGAACAGCACUAUUUGGGCCACACUCAGGAUCAUCCAACAGAUGCUGAACUUCUCAAUUCCCCACUUGAGAACUACAACUAUAUGGAAAAUUGCUUUGCUAAUAAACAAGCCACUGGGAAUUAUGCAAUGGCCACCGGUGUGCCACUGGGAACACCUAUCUCUGUGGAAGACAGAUAAACCCAAUGUCAUGGAGGGGCAUGGAACAACUGAUGAGGUAUUGCAACAUCUUCCUGGGUCUAACUCCGUACUUCCAACUGCUAGUGCCACUCAGGACCCUUCACCUACUUCAAAUAAGAAGAGAAAGAGGGCAUUAGGUUUGAUUGAGGAGGACACAAUCCAGUGCAGCAACAUGACUGAUGCUAUGCGUGAGAUUGCAAGUGCUAUCAACAACACUUGCCAUGCUGAAACACACCCUGACUUGUACAAGGCUGUCAUGGACCUUGCUGUGUUUGAUCAAAAUGAUCGCUUGGCUGUUCUAGAUUAUCUCACAGAACAUAAGGCAAAAGGCCUCAACUUUGUGAAGAUGAAUGAUGAAGUCUGUCAAGCAUCGUUCAAACGUAUCUUGAAAGCCAAUCCUGAUCUUCUUUGAGUUCGUGUUAGUCGGUGCUUGUCGAGACUACCCCUUUUGUAAUAACUGUUAUAAAGUGUAUUGCGAAUGAGGUUAUGUAAUAUGAAUCUACUGAUGCAGUACUAGAAAUUAUGGUUAUUAUAUCUAAUGUAAUGUGAAUCUAGUGAUGCACUGCUACAAUUUCGGCUUAUUAUGUCUGAUGUUAAUUGUUGAA